AUGUCGGAAGAUCUUGAGAAGUGUGCCGAUUCGCAAUGCAUUCAGCACACUACCGCCAAUGCCCCCACUGUUGACGGAGACCAAAAACUAGAUCCCGUCAGUGGACAAGAACAACUGCAGCACCAAGACAGAGACAUUGAGAGAAACGCCCCUCCCGCGCAAACUAAAGGAAUCCUCAGCACUACUGUGAUGAAGGUUGAAGUUGGCUGGCAUGCGUUGGUCUUCAUGUACUGGCUGAUAUCGUUGGUCACUAUUGUGGUGAUGGCUAGGGUUUAUUGGGAAGUUUUCACAAUGGAAUUUGCACUUGUCGAACAAGAAGGCCGAUUGCAUUCAUAUUGGGGUCUUACUGUUUCUAGGUAUUUGGCUUUUCAGAUAGUUGUAUCGCUAGUCUUCAAUCAAUUUUGGUCAUCAUGUUGCCAAGACUACUUUGCUGUGGUGGGGCAAGACUGGGAGAUCCUCAAACUCGGUGAGAUCAACAAACUUCCACAAGGGUCUUUAUUGUAA